AUGGAGGUCGAUUCGGCCGAGUACGAAGAGCUGAUCGAUGCAGUGGGCAGGGCCGCUCGGCUCGAGCCGUUGUCCCGAGAGCGCUUCUACAAGGUCGAUUUCGUGGAGGCCAGCCCCCCCGCUCCCGCGGAGGAGAUGGGGAAGCUGGUCAAGAAGGGCGCCCUGCACGUGCAUUGCUGCCGCAGCGUCACCUCCGAGUGCAAGGCGCUGGGCCCGGCUGGCGCGGCCACGCUCCAUUGCGGCGGGUUCGGGCUUUGGCUUGCCGACGGUGGGCCCGACCGCGAGGGGCGCAGGAAGGACGAGGGGGGGGGGCGCCUCGCCGAGAAACUGAAGGCGAAUAUCAGGGAGCUGAAGGGGCCCACAUCGGUUCACGAUCGUUUGAUCGAGGGGGCCAUUGUGCGGGCCAGCAGGCACGGCAGGAAGGAACCCGCGGCAGGGACCGCGCGACGGCAGCUGGCCGUCCUCCUGACGGCGCUCCUGAAGAAGAUCCACACGUAUUUGGGCCGCAUGGGCGAUGGCGAGGAUCCCUACGGCCUCGGGCCGCUCGUGGACACGCACCUCGCGGCGGUGCUCCUGCCAGCCUCGGGGGGCCGCGGGCUGCGGAACACGCGCGAGCUGAAGACGCUUGCGCUCGCGAUCGACCACUUGCUGUCCGGACGCAUCUGCGAGGCUGGGGACCUCUUGGCCCCGAGGUUCCGCGCCGUGGAGGCGUCGCGCCAGGAGGGCUGGGCGGUGGCCAGGCACCUCGAGGCAAUUGGGGGCAGCGCGGUCUCCAGCCUGACGGAUCGCGAGAGAGAGGUAGCCGCGCGGCAGGAGAACGAGGAUCGGAAGUUCAAGGGCUUGGUCGCCAAGGCCAAGGCGAGGCCCGGCUAG